AUGUAAUACAACUUCUUAGGAAGAGAUAUAUGGAAAAGAUUGAGAGAUUUGAAGAUUUUUAACGAUAUUUUCUGGAGUGAUAAAGAAGAAUACAAAAGGCUACCAUAUAAAUUCAAAGUCUCUAACUCAUUUUGGAAAAUACAAAUACAGGUUGCUGAUCCAGAGUAUUACAAACAGAUAUUACAUAAUCCUCAUUAUUAUGAAAAGGCUAAUAACAUCGCAGAUAAGCAUUUAUUGUAAAAAGGCUUAGUUUUUGAGACCAGAGAUCAAUGGAAGGCCCAAAGAAAUAUUUUAGCUGAUCAAUUUCAAUAUCAAUAACUUACAAGUAGAUUGCCUAUGAUAAAUAAAAUUAUUCUUGAUGGUAUCACCAAGAUUGGUUCUGCAAACAAUUUAUUUGAAUAAUUAGAACUUAUGACAGGAAAAGUUGUCAUAUAGAGUUUUUUUGGAGAUUCGAUAGAUGGUUUGAAAGUCAAUAACAAGGAUCUUUAAGUAGAAGUAACAGAGUUGAUAAAUGAUAUGGGAGAGUCAAGAUUUAAAUCUAAAUAUGUUUUUAUCAAAAGACUUCUUUUGGGUACAUGGGCCUGGAAUAUUUUUCCAACUUAAGAAGAAAUGAUGAUUCAACAAAGGGUCUUUCAACUCAAAACUAUGAUUGAAAAAGUAAUUCGAAAAAGGCUAAUAGAAUUACGAUAAAGAAACAAAUAAAAUGACCAAAAGGAUUCAAAUUUGUUUUUGGAUAUUCUUCUUAAUGAUUACAUUAAAAAUGAUCAUAAAAAGUAAGAAAGUUAAGCCAUCGAUGAGGUUAUCUAACAAUUUAUCACUUUGUUAUUUACAGGUACUGACACAACAGCUGUUUUAAGCUAUCAUUGUCUUUAUUAUUUAUCAAUACAUCCAGAGGUUUAAUAGGAAAUUAGAGAUGA